CAAGUCUGAACUCUGAACUGUAGAGACUAGAGAGUCUAGAGACUAAGAUUGAUGGACGAAGAGAGUAUAUAGAGAGACAGACGGAGUCGUGGAAAGACUGCAACAGCGUUCGCCGGAGCCACCGCAAUUUCAUUUCUUCCGAUUUCUGAUCGCCGCUGACGCUAAAUACCUUUUGAAGAACCAUUUCCUUUCGUUGUGAAGAAGAUCAAAACUAGCCAAGCAACUAAAGAUCUUUGUUCUUGUUAAGGGCGACACCAAACGUGCAGUUUAACGAGCUACACUUGAAACCUUUAUAGAAUUUACGGUUAUGGCCCAUGUGGAACCAACUGCUAGUGCAGAAAGGGAACCGAUACAGAAUAGUGCUGUUCCUGGGAAGCCCCGAAUUUUAUUAGCUGCAAGUGGAAGUGUAGCUGCAAUAAAGUUUGGGAGUCUCUGUCACUCUUUUUCUGAAUGGGCAGAAGUUAGAGCAGUUGCCACCAAGGCAUCUUUACACUUCAUUGAUAAAGCAUCACUUCCAAAGGAUGUUGUUCUUUACAGUGAUGAGGAUGAAUGGUCCAGUUGGAAGAAGAUAGGAGACAAUGUGCUUCAUAUUGAGCUCCGCAGGUGGGCUGAUGUCAUGGUUAUUGCACCCUUGUCAGCAAAUACACUUGGCAAGAUUGCUGGGGGCUUGUGUGACAACCUCUUGACAUGCGUAAUUCGAGCCUGGGACUUUAGUAAGCCGCUUUUUGUGGCGCCAGCGAUGAAUACCUUUAUGUGGAACAAUCCAUUCACACAACGGCAUCUUGAUUCAAUCAGCGAGCUUGGUAUUUCUCUGAUUCCUCCUAUCACUAAGCGAUUGGCUUGCGGAGAUUAUGGCAAUGGUGCAAUGGCAGAACCUUCUGUCAUCUACUCUACUGUGAGGCUCUCUUUCGAAUCACUAGCACAAGCAACUGGUGGUAAUAAUGGACAUUUGCCUGCUGUAUAGAUUGGCUGUACAGAACAUAAUUGCUGCUGUAGCAAAUGUUUAGACAAACACAGCAGUUUGUUUCUGGAUCAUUUUCUUUUACCCCAUGGUGAUGAGAGAACCUCUUAAUAAUCUAUGGGAUCUUACCCUCCGAUUGCACUGAGAAAGGGUAUUAUGGACAUUCGUAAAAUGCGGUCGGAGUUAAUGACAUUCAUUAUUCCAAGAGUUCAGUCAUAGUGUUAGGUCACCUUGAAUGAAGAAAUUCCUUCUUUCACUGCGGGUAUCAGAAAACUUUUUCCAUUGUUUCUUUACCCCAAGUUCUGAACAAGUUGCAUUUUGGUUUUUAGUUUAUGUAGUACUGUUUCCUGUUAACAUGUCCAAUGAGUGGACCUAAAACGUACAAUGAUUAUGGACCCAAGUUUUGUAGAAGUUGCAUUUUGGUUUUCA